AUGUCGUCUUCAUAUAGAUUUACAUGCAACAGUUGUGAGCUUGCGUUUACAGCUUCACAAGACCAAAGGGAACACAUGAAAACUGAAUGGCACAGAUACAAUUUGAAAAGAAGAGUGGCGCAACUCCCUCCUAUUUCUGAAGAUACGUUCGAUACUAAGGUUGCAACUUUGGCAGAUAAGAAAGAUGAUGAAGAGGAAGAUGAGUAUUGCACUAAGAAAGAACAGCGCAAGAAGGCUAAGGAAGAAUUACUUGAGAAGAAAAGACAGUUAUUCGAGAUAGCCAGAAAGAGAAUGACUAGUACCGGAGGAACGGUGAAGAUUGGUGAGGAUGGUAAAUUGGUUAUGGAAAAUAAGUCUACUGAGGCUGAAGAAAGAAAGAUUAUUCUUGGUAUGCACAAAGAUGAAGAGACUAUUCUAGGAGAAGAAGCUAAUAUGACUGAAGAAGAAUUGGAAGAAAAGAUGCUAAAGGAAAAGAUGGAGAACCGAGUUGAGAUUCCGCUGGAUACUUGUAUUUUUUGUGGUGCCAAAAGUAAGGACUUGGAUACUAACGUUGAGCAUAUGUUCAUGAAGCAUGGAUUAUACAUUCCAGAAGAGGAAUAUCUUGUGAAUAAAGAAGGAUUGAUCGAAUAUCUAGGAGAGAAGGUUGGUUAUGGUAAUGUUUGCCUUGUUUGCAAUUACCAGGGAAGAAAUUUGGAGAGUAUUAGACAGCAUAUGCUAGCCAAGUCGCAUUGCAAGAUUCCUUAUGAAACGGAAGAUGAGAAGUAUGAGAUUGGAAAAUUUUAUGACUUCUCCUCAACAUACAGUAAAAAAACCAAGGAAGAAGAUAAUGAUGAAAACGACGAUGACGAAUGGGAAGAUGUGUCGAAUGAUUACAAUGUCGACGACGACGAAGAAGAAGAAGAAGAAAAGGAGAGUGGAAAGUUUGCAAACGCGGAUGAUGUUAUUUAUGCUAGUGAAAUUGGAUUGCAUUUACCUAAUGGGCUGGUGGCCGGACAUAGAUCUCUUGCCAGAGUGUGGAGACAGAACUUGGCACCAGAGAGAGAGCUUGGUGAAGGUCAGGGUACUGUUAUGGCAGCAGAGACUAGACAUUUGGCUACACAAUUUGAAAAGAAGCAGUAUAAAGAGCAGAAAAGGGUGUGGGCAAGAGAAAAUAAGGCUAAGAAUUUGAAUGACAGAAGUCUGGCCAAGUUCAUCAACGUCAAGCCUCAUUUCAGGGAUGAGUUACUUCAGUAA